AGUUCAGUAUACCUGGCAGCAGUGGGGCAGAACUCCUUACAUGAGUCAAGAAAAGGGAGUUGUGGAUAACUCUUUAGGGGAAAAUUCUAUACCUGGAAAGCUGAGCCCAGAGUUUGGGUACAAGGUUUGAGUGUAGAUCCCUGGGACUGUCCGUGUGUCACUCAGGCCUGAGCCAUCUUCCAUUGUGGAAAGGUGAGAAAACCACAAGACACUAACCAAUUGAAAAGGAGGCUGGGGCGUCCCAAGUUGUAUGUAAAAUAAAACCAUCAGUCACUAUGGACAGUGGCAGAGUAGAAGGUGGGUGGCUAUAGUGUCGCAGAAGGGAAAUUCCAUGGUAUCCCUCUGGGACAGCUGUUGGAAUCCUCCUCUAGCAGUCAGCUUCGGAAAAUGGAAAAAGAUACUCUUCCUCCUCUAGAAUCCUGGGAGGACAGUGCAGUACCUCCAGUCCAAGUCCCUUGUUUUAUGAAUAAAGAUACUGAGGGAGGUUCACCUGGAGAAGGGAAGGGGCUGGAACUGAGGUCACUGCAUCCCAGCUCAGGGCUCCUGGAUAACCCAGGAAGGGAAGAGGAAGGACCCAGGCUAGAGCUCAGAGCCAUCACAAGGAAGGGGAAUGAGUUAAUGCCAUCUCUUUGAUCACCCUGUUGUGUAAGUAGAAUUCUCUUCCUUUUUGCCCUGGUACUAGUCUGCUCAGCUUUCCUCCUGCCCCUAGCACCCCUUCCAUCCUGACACUCCUUCCCACUGGGGUACUUCUUCCUGUCUCAGGCCCUCUCCUUGGGCCUGAACAAACACAUCCACCCUUUAUUCCCAACCUCCAGCCCUUAUUUUACCUCCCAGAUCCCUUGUUUUCCAGGGUCCAGACCAUUUGUUCUUACUAGUCCUACAGGGUUUCCCACUGUCUCCAACAAGGUUUCUGCUAGAGUUUUUUUGUUUUCUUUUGUUUUCAAUAUUUACUUGUUUAUUUAUUUGGUUGCUCCAGGUCUUAGUUGUGGCACGCAGGAUCUCCGUUGCAGCAUGCGGUAUCUUUUAGUUGCAGCAUGCAGGAUCUAGUUCCCUGACCAGGGAUGGAACUUGAGCCCCCUGCAUUGGGAACGUGGGGUCUUAACCACUGGACCACCAGGGAAGUCCCUAGAGUUUUCACUUCUCAAUGCUCUUUUCCAUCUAGGAGACUUUUGGAAACUUGGGGAAGCAAAUAGGGUGCAGUUCCCACCCCUCCCCCAGUCUCAGUCCUCAGUGCCAUGUACUUGCUGGCCACUGAACAGCAGCAGGUUCUAGAUAAAGAGCAUACUGCUAAAAGGCUGUGGACUCUACCCUACCCCCUCAUCUGUCCUUCCUGUUGUCCCCUUGAGAUGGUUUAAGCUUAGGGCGCUCCAAGGCAGUAGUCAGGAAGAAGCCUGGCUGUCCUGGGCUCAGAGCUGAGCACAAGGUUAAGCUUAUUCUGCAGGAGACCCUCUGAUGGGAGCUCCCCUGGGACAAGGCAUUGGUCAGUGAUGAUCUCAGCUGUGUCUGUGACACUCUCAUUCCUACUAGGGCCUAUCUGAUGUCAACAGGAGGUAAGGGUGAUGCAAUGGGACCAAGGGAGUUUGGCAGAAGCCCUGGCCCAUACUCCACCCUUCAGACAAGAAUCCAGUCCCUGGAGGAACAGAGGAAGGGCUGAGUGGAUGAGCCCGUGGAGUGGGAGACACCUGACCUUUCUCAGGCUGAGAUUGAGCAGAAGAUCAAGGAGUACAAUGGCCAGAUCAACAGCAACUUGUUCAUGAGCCUGAACAAGGAUGGCUCCUACACAGGCUUCAUCAAGGUUCAACUGAAGCUGGUGCGCCCUGUCUCAGUUCCCGCCAGCAAGAAGCCACCCUCCUUGCAGGAUGCCCGGCGGGGCCCAGGGCGGGGUACAGCUGUGAAACGCCGCACCUCCUUCUACCUGCCCAAGGAUGCUGUCAAGCACCUGCAUGUCUUGUCACGCACACGGGCACGCGAGGUCAUCGAGGCCCUGCUGCGCAAGUUCUUGGUGGUGGAUGACCCCCGCAAGUUUGCACUUUUUGAGCGGGCUGAGCGCCAUGGCCAAGUGUACCUCCGGAAGCUGUCAGAUGAUGAGCAGCCCCUACGGCUACGGCUCCUUGCAGGGCCCAGUGAGAAGGCCCUAAGCUUUGUCCUGAAGGAGAAUGACUCUGGGGAGGUGAACUGGGAUGCUUUCAGCAUGCCUGAGCUACACAACUUCCUACGCAUCCUGCAGCGGGAGGAAGAGGAACAUCUCCGCCAGAUCCUGCAGAAGUACUCGUAUUGCCGCCAGAAGAUCCAGGAAGCCCUGCAUGCCUGCCCCCUGGGGUGACCUCUCGUACCCCUGGGUGGAAGGAGGAGAGUAGGCAGCGCCAAGGGCGUGCCGUGUGAGUGUGCAAAGGGCCAUGUGGCCCGAGGAAUGAGUGUGCAUGGAGGCCCUCUCUUGCUGGGGGAAUGAGCCCAGAGAACAGCGAAGGAGCUGGCCCCCUGUGUCCACCAGUGGGUGUAGCAGAGCAUGGCUCUACAUCCUUCUGCCCUUUGUGUACUGGGUCAUGGUGGGCCAGGGUUGCCCUGGGAAGCUGCUCCAAGCUUGCAGCAGGGGUAGAGGAGACAGAAGUCUCCUUAAUUUGUGUCUCAGAUAUGAGAAUCUUGGAGACCCUACAAACAGAAUAGGGUCAUGUUUGCAGGGAUGAGGGCCCUCACCUAUGGUGAAAGGUUGUGUGUUUCGGGUCUUGGAUGGGGUCUCAGGACAGUCCUAUCAGAACCGAGGGUGGGUGUUUAAGGUAAGACAGGCAUCAAGAAAGAGUCUAGGGUUCCCUCUACAGCACCCUCUGGCUCCUCACACACCCUGGGGUCAGGGAGUGCUGGCUCAUGGUGCAACAACAGUGCCUCUGCCUCCUCCAAGGAGGAUGUCCCUGUGCCAGGGUCUGUGUGAGUGUGGGCACUGUCCCAGGUCUGUGCCUUGUUUGCCAGUCAAAGCCAGGGUCUUUCCCUUGGGUAUUUUUGAUGAUGUGUGCGAAUGUAUGUAAUAUUUUGUGGCCUCAGUUGAAUGCCUCCUGUGGGGGAAGGGGUGGGGGUGACAGUCAUCAGGGCCUGGGGUCUGAGAGAAUUGGCUAAAUAAAGAUUUAAGA